UACGUUUCCCCUAGGAAAACAGCUGUCUUCAUUCUGUUACUAGAGUUAAUGUUGACUUCAGUGACUUAAGUUAUUUUUUUAAUAAUGGCAUGAGUUUUAAUAGCGGAAGUAAAUAUAGCGCAAUUUAAACGAAAGACUGGAUAUGGGGAAAACGACAAAAGUAGUUGUUUGUGGAAUGAAAGGAGUAGGAAAGACUGCAUUAUUGGAACAACUCAUAUAUGGAAAUGUCAAUGCCAAAACAGAAAUUCACCCUACGAUCGAAGAUAUUUAUGUCGCAAAUAUAGAAACUGAUCGCGGUACGAAAGAAAAAGUGCGAUUUUAUGACACUGCGGGACUGGAAUCUCCUCAGAAUAAUGCAAAUAAUCAGCAACUACCUCGACAUUACCUUGGUUUCGCUGAUGGAUACGUUUUAGUUUACGAUACCGCAAAACCUGAAUCUUUGGAUGUGUUGUUCCCAUUGAAAAAGGAUAUUGACAGGAAUAAAGACAAAAAAGAAAUAACCAUGAUCGUUAUUGGAAAUCGAACUAAAGCUGAGGAAGAAUCUCAUAGUUUGGAGAAUAUAGCAAGCAAAGCUGCAAAUUGGUGUACUAGAGAGAAACUGAAACAUUAUGAGUUGCAUUGGACGCGAAUUCGCGCGAACUGACGGCCUGAUCAGCUCAGUAUGCCAAAGCAAUCAAAUAUGUAUUGUGGAACGACCAACCACUUUUAUCAACUUAUGCCCAUCUCAACUUGUACACUAAGUCUGUAUAAGUCUGCUUUUGUGAGAUUUUCCAAAUAGAGCACUUUGUGUAAGUCAUCAAUGGUUCUUGCCUUUUCCUACGGCAUAUGCAUGAUAUCGACUAAGAAUCUGCAGGGCGCAUCAGGUUUUGACAUUUUCCAGACGACUCUCUGAGUCACGAUUUUGAUAAGUUAGUGUCUCUCGUACAUUGCUGAAUUGUAUCUUCGAAAGUUUUAGUCUGUGUACAGAUAAAGAAUAGUUAUCGGAAAAUAAAUAUCUGUCUCUCGGCACACGAUCGUAUGCUUCAUUUGUCAAAACGUCAGUUUGCCCAAAUUCGCGUCUAACGUAACCACAGGCUAACAAAAUUUAUAAAAUUACUCGAUGCUGCAUGUGCGGCAAUAAUUAUAUUACGUAUAUCUUAUUUCUUACAUCUAAAAAAUCGUACAUUUGCUAAAAAUCGGCAUUUUCUUGCUCAAAUUCCGUUAAAACAGAAUCAAAGAGGAACCUGCAGGGAAAAGAUCGAUAGAUACAUAGGUAUUCAUAGACUCGUAUACUCGGCAAUAAAUAAGCUUUUAUUUAAA